AUGGCCUUAUCUGAGUCGGUAGCUGGUACAAACGAACAAACUUCUUUAAUACAUCAAGUAACAAGAUUACAAAAUAAUGAAUCAAAUCGUAUACGAUCAAAUGUUGAUAUUGCAAAUCGAUCUCAUAAUUUAAAUAAUGCUAUUUUACGUCUUGAUCAAUAUGCACUUGGUACGAGAGUUGUUAGAGGACCAGAGUGGAAAUGGCAAAAACAAGAUGGUGGUGAAGGACAUGUUGGAACAGUUCAAUCAAUUGAAAAUAAUGAUAAAGUAUCAGUCGUAUGGGAUUAUGGACAAUCGGCAAAUUAUAGAUGUCAAACACAUUAUGAUUUAAGAAUAUUGGAUAAUAGUGCAACAGGUAGAUAUAACGGGUGUGCCAUAAUAAACUGAACUAAAUGUUACUGCAGUUUUUUCGUACUUCCUCUUCAAAUUAAAAGUAUUUUUACAUACCAAAAGAUAGAGAAUUUCAAGCUCUACAAAACCUACUAUUCGAAUCUUUUUCGAAGCGAGCAUUUUUCUCGUUUGAGCACCAUUCAAAAUAUUGAAGAGUGCUAAGUUGUCGAACUGCGACACACUGAAAAUAGAAAAACAUUUGCCUUGAUCCAAAAAUAGAUUCCAUAAUAUUUUUGAAAACAU